CUGAUCGUGGUCAAUGGUCAUUUGCAUAUAAUUUGCAUUUAUUGAUACGCUGUUUGCUUGCUAUUUGCGAUAAAAAUAAUCAUUAACACGUCCACUGUGUCAAAGAAUAGUUGUGAUUACAUUUUCUUCGUGAAUUUCAAUAAUGGGGGCCCUCGCCAGCAGGCAGAACGCUGGUGUAGAGGAGGCCGAUGUCGUGUCGAAUCAUGCAUACAAAUAUCCACCUCGCUCAGGUAACUACUUCGGCAGCCACUUCAUCAUGGGUGGCGAGAGAUUUGACACCCCGCAGCCCGAAGCUUACUUGUUUGGAGAAAAUGCUGACUUGAACUUCCUGGGCAGCCGUCCUACUCCUUUCCCAUACCCACCACCACAAUCAAAUGAACCGACCAAAACUCUCAAAAGCCUCGUAAACAUCCGCAAGGAGUCACUCAGAUUUGUCCGCUGCCCGGAGCCGGUGGGCAAGCUGGUGGAAAACAACAAGAUCGGAGACAGCAUGAUCAAACCCGUGGAGAACGGGAAGGGGACGUAUUAUAAUAUAGAGUUUACUUUUGACUGUGAUGCCAGGAUUGCCAUCACUAUAUUCUACUUCUGCACUGAGGAAGUUACUCCAACUGGUGUUGUGUACUACCCCCGUGACCCAGCCAUGACCUCCCAAACGUACCACUACAAGAAAGGCGCGAACCAGCAGUUCUGUCAGCUCGCACACGUCUUCGACCCCUCCCGACAUGCUGACGAGGAACUAUUAUACAAUGCGGACACUGAGAUCAUCCCAGUCGCUAUAUACUGCGUUGUUGACGAGGGACAAGACGAAAUCCGCCAAUCGCACACUACGAUAGCAAUAGUGGAGAAGCACUCAGACGGCACUUACGUACUGAAGGCGCUCAAACAGAAACUGUUCGUGGACGGGCUGUGCUACCUGCUGCAGGAGAUCUACGGCAUCGAGAACAAGAAUCUCGACACUAAGCCAAGCUCCGACGAGGAAACCGAAGAGGGCGGCUCAGAAUGCGUCAUCUGCAUGUGCGACGUCCGCGACACCCUCAUACUGCCGUGCCGCCAUCUUUGUUUAUGCAACUCGUGUGCGGACUCUCUGCGGUACCAGGCGAAUAACUGCCCGAUCUGCAGAGCCCCGUUCAGGGCGUUACUGCAGAUCAGGGCUUUACAACGAGCCACCGCACCUGCGCCCCCCGCGAGCCCGCCGCUGGGGAGUAUGGAGAACAUCCCGGCGGGCUACGAGCCGGUGUCCCUCAUAGAGGCGCUGAACGGGCCGCCCCCCGCGCGCGCCCCGCCGCAGCUGCAGCCCGCCAUCGCCAGCCCCGACACCGACACCGCCUCGCAGGCGGCAGAGAUCCUGAACCGCUGUAACCUCGAGCGCAGCUCCUCCACCAGUCUCGGCAGUGCGCUCAACAACACACAUGCUCUCACUCCAGAGUUCCGCAUGUCAGUGCUCUUGGCUCGUGAGCAGGAUGGCAGACGUGAACGAGCCGCCAGCCCGCUGCUGCGCGAGCCCGCGAGGGUCAGCCCUGAGGCUGUCAAUAAGUCAUCCUUAAGCCUGGAAUACCCCGCGGAGGCGUCCGUCCACGAGCCGAGCUCCGAAGACGAGGGCUCCGCCGAGCUGGCCCUCGCUGAACCCGAGCCGGCUGAAGAACACGAGCCCGACAGCGACGCCGAGCGACUGUCGCCUCUAUUGACACAGCCGCAACCACCAUUACAGCCUAACGGGGGCUCCGCCGAGCUGGCUCUCGCUGAACCCGAGCCGGCCGAGGAGCACGAGCCCGACAGCGACGCCGAGCGACUGUCACCUCUAUUGACACAGCCGCAACCACCAUUACAGCCUAACGGGGAUAUGGAGACGAGGGCUCCGCCGAGCUGGCUCUCGCUGAACCCGAGCCGGCUGAAGAACACGAGCCUGACAGCGACGCCGAGCGACUAUGAACCUCCUCAAGGAUAUGGAGACGAGGGCUCCGCCGAGCUGGCUCUCGCUGAACCCGAGCCGGCCGAGGAGCACGAGCCCGACAGCGACGCCGAGCGACUGUCGCCUCUAUUGACACAGCCGCAACCACCAUUACAGCCUAACGGGAUGAACCUCCUCAAGGAUAUGGAGACGAGGGCUCCGCCGAGCUGGCUCUCGCUGAACCCGAGCCGGCUGAAGAACACGAGCCUGACAGCGACGCCGAGCGACUUUGAACCUCCUCAAGGAUAUGGAGACGAGGGCUCCGCCGAGCUGGCCCUCGCUGAACCCGAGCCGGCCGAGGAGCACGAGCCCGACAGCGACGCCGAGCGACUGUCGCCUCUAUUGACACAGCCGCAACCACCAUUACAGCCUAACGGGGUGGGUCACCUGGGCGCUCGUUCGCGCACGCGCUCUCCGCUGCCGGCGCUCGCGCACAUCGACGACCCCGACCCCGACGUGCCCGCCUCCCCCCGCGCAUCAGCGAGCUCUGCGGGCUCGGCGGGGUCGCCGCCGGCCGAGGACUCGGACUAUUUCACGCCGGAGGACACCGCCACCACCAUUCUGACCGUGCCCAAGCACAAACAUUCUGAGCUGAUGGGCAACGGGCCGGCGGCCGGCGACGGCACUCCGCAGCGCUGGGCGCUGCCGCAUCGCGUCACUUCCUUGCCAGGCACGCCGCUCUCGCAAUCGUCAGUGCGUUCAUCAGGCGACUCCUACAGCUCGACGUCGUCCACUCGGCAGCUGCUCGCGGCCGCGCCGCUGCCCGCCGACACCGCGUGCUAGCGCCAGCCAUGUGUUAUGACCGCGCAUGUCGCUAUACAGCCGGGUAACACCUAGCUGCAUGGUAACUUGGUGUCGUCAGAUGGGAUACAAUGCUUCAUUGGAUGGUCUAUACAGGGUGUAAUCGUUAAGUGUGGCCAGGCGAUAAUUGCGUAAAUAUAACAGACAUCAGAAAACUUCCAAUUGAUGUCGAAAGUGCGUUAUCCGAUGAGUAAAAUUACAUUAAUAACUUUUUUUUAAGAAAAGCAGAAAUAUCCCAAACAUUAACUUCAAACCCCCCCAUACAUUUAAUACGACAAUUCACCCCUCAAAGAACGUCGGUGUCGUAAAAGAUAAAACUGCUUGAGAUGCAUUAUUUGCACAUUCGAUAUCAAUUUGAAGUUUUCUGAUAUCUGUUAUAUUUACGGAAUUAUCGCCUGGCUACACAUUAUACCCUGUAUGCUAAGUCAAAGAUGACGCGUGACAUUCGCCUUGUAAUUUUUUUAAGUAUUAUAGUCCGCGGGAUAAUUAACAGAAAACGAAAUAGAAUUAUUGGUGUCGUAUUUAAAAUUAUCGAACAUUACUUAUUAGCCGCUUUUGGAAAUGUGGAACUUAUAUAGUUCAUCAUGAAGUACUUUCAAUAUGCUUUGAGAGAUUUUACUAUUUAGAUUUACAAAUGAUUAAAAUUGUGUAUUGUUAUUACCUCCCUGAUAUUUAGAUUUAUUUGUAUAUAAACAUCAAUUACCGAUAUUGAUCUUCGCUCAAGUUUAUAAAUCGAUAUCUCUAUCGUAUUUAAGAUUAAUAAAGUUAUAUUAUGUACUAAUACUAAUUACUUCAGGUCUAGUCACAAAAGCUGGCGCGAGAUUCGUACCAUCGUCGAGACUGGGGGUCUACCGCGAAAUUUAGUUAUCUGUCGCUCUAAUAUGCAAGAGUAAUAGAGAGACAGCUGAUGAAAUCUCGAUUUUCGCGGUAGGUCCUCUGUUAACUGACAAUCGAUCGCCCUUUUUGCUAAGGUAUAAGACAUAGACUAGGAAUCCUCUAGACGUAGUUUAGAGCAAUUAUGCAACCGAUGCUGCCAAAAAUGCGGGGGUGCGCGGGACGAGGUGAGCGAAGUCCCGUGCCGUGAUUGGUCCGUUCAAACGACGAACGAGUUCACGGACGUCACGCAAAGACACUUUCGACUCGAACAUGGAGUAAAAUUACCGUAUGCGUGGCAGCGGGGGUAGCGCGACUAUGCUCAGUCUAGAGGAUGUUUUGUCUGUGGUAUAAGAUCCAUCCAUGGUCAAGAAUUUCGCUAUUAUGUUAGUAUGUUUUAAUUGGUAUUCGGCGCCAACUUCUGUGAAUUGAUCUGUACAUAAGUAUUAUUAGUUAAAGUGUAGGCUAUCUUUUUCAAUAUAUUACAUUAGUUUUAAGGUUUCAGAUUUUUAUAUUAUUCAAUGUAAAAGAAGAAACAACAUGUAAAUUUCUUCUUGAUGACUCUAAAAAUGUAUAUAGGUUAACAUAAUCGGUAUGAAAUCAGAACACAUAUGUAUUACAAUUAUAUAACUGUGUUUGACAAGUCAAUGUAUAAAGUAGAUGUUAAAUGUAAGCAUAAUGGACUGACAAAAACAUUCCUGGUCUUCAGCACUGAAUCUCAGAAUAGAAUGGUAGCUAACUUUAGCUAAGUAACUUUAUUGUGGUUCUGUAUCUAUAAGUUUACUCAUUUUAUUAUCUUUGAAAUUUAUGGAUUACUUUAAAAAAAAUUAUUUCAAUAAACUAUAAGAAUGUUAAUUUUGUGUUUCA